AUGGUUAAACCUAUCUCGCUUCAAUCUUUAUUUUCCCCAGCAAGAUUGCUAUUUGGCCGAGUGGCAUGUCACCGUCGAUGUGCCGAAAGCGGCGUUCGGCCGUGGCUGCGUGCGGCAUGGGCGUCUCUUCAGGCAGAUUUAGUUCGCCUGAUCGGGUCGAGGGUGCUAGCGGGCGACCUGAUGGACUACGUCCGGUUCCGGGCCGUUUGCCCCCAUUGGCGGUCUAGCUCAGACUGUCCACGCGGCCGCGGCGUCGUCGACCCGCGCUUUCACCCUCGCCGGUGGAUGAUGCUGCCCGAGGGCCACGGCCUCUACCCUGGUCACGGCAAGCUACGUGGUUACAUCCGCUUCUUCAACCUCUCCACAGGCGUCAUCGUCCGCGUCCUGCUCCCGCUUUUCAGGAACCACUGCAUCCUCGACUCAGUCGAUGGUCUCCUCCUGCUGCAACGGGACGAAGACACCGUCAUCCGCCUCCUCCACCCCUUCACUGGUGACAUUGUAGACCUCCCGCCACUCGCCACCCUCAUGCGUCUUCCUAAAGCCAACUUGAAUGUCAGAAAGACCUGGUUCUAUUUCAGAAACAUAUGUGCUACCGCCGUCAGUGUUAAUGCAGGUGGAGUCAUCACUGUCAUGCUUGUACUUAAGAAGCUAGCGAUGUUAGCUUUUGCUACCUCCAGGGACCAUCAAUGGAAUGUUCCAACCUGGAGGCUCUCGCCAACUUGGAAGCCAAUAUCAUUCCGAGGCAAGGUAUACAUGUUGGAUAAUCCCACACUUCGCAGCCCCGAUGGCCCUGGCGACACCCGGAUUGUCCAGAUCGACCCGCCCCAGUAUUAUGAGGGGAUGCCUACAGGUUCACCUACACAGAAGUUGGGUGCCACAUGCCCGAUCAGCAAAAUGCGUGCCCCUCGCUACCUGGCAGAAUGUGACUCAGAGAUCCUGGUUAUCGGGUUUCGGUACGGCCUUUCAUGUCACCCGUUAGUUUACAGAUUAUCUGACCUUAUCCUAGACAGGGUUGUCCCGGUAACUAGUAUCGGAGGCUACGCUCUGUUCAUUGAUGAAAGGAUACUGAGUGUCAGCACUAGCGCCGUCAACAUUGCGGGCGACUCCAUUAUAAGUGCUCAUCCCGGGAAACAGUAUUUGGGGCAGCGCCAACUCGGGUGCUCCACAUGGUCACAAGCAGCGGAUGGACAUAUUGCAAUCUAUGAGCAUUUGCUGUUACCUGUUGAGCUAAUUGUUUUACCACCUAUACCUACAGGAAUAAAGGAGUGA